UGAGUAAUCCUGUGGUAUUGUUGUAAAUCAGAAGGGAUAUAAACGUAUGAAGCAACUUGAUUGAAGUAACUUGAGUAUUUAAUAGAGUUAUCUCCAGUCGUAGAGACGUAUAUCUCUCUCUCCUCAGCAUCAGCAUCACUCUGCUCUGCUCAGCAUCCCGGAAGUUCAGCAUCAUCUUGCUCCUUCAGGAAGAGACGCAUCAUCGUCAGAGCUUUUGUCAACAACGAGGGACUAGUGGCAAAAAACAUCGGCCAGAAAUCCCCUCUUUUGUGGAAUUCAUAUGAAAAGGACAAAUGAAGUGACCAACAGGACACAAUGUCAUCGUUCCAGGUGGUGGACUCGUCGCCGGGCAGCAGCGUCAGCGUCAUGGAAACGUCCAACUUUGCCCACGUCAUCUUCCAGAACGUGGGGAAGAGUUUCCUGCCCCAGGCGCCCCUGGAGUGUUGCUACACGCUGACCCCUUACAUCCCGCCAAACCCCAAAGACUGGGUGGGCAUCUUCAAGGUGGGCUGGAGCACAGCCCGAGAUUACUACACCUUCCUUUGGUCUCCUAUGCCUGAAAACUACGAACCAGGAAGUACUGUGCACAGGACUGUGGUGUUUCAAGGUUACUAUGUUCCUAAGUCUGAUGGAGAGUUCUACCAGUUUUGUUAUGUCACGCAUCUUGGUGACAUCAGAGGAGCCAGUACGCCCUUCCAGUUCAGGUCAGCCACACCCACGGAGGAGCUUCUAACUGUUACCGAGGACGACAGCAACUCAGACAUACUCGUCGUCACCACCAAGACUGGCCUUCUAGAGCAUGUGGAGGAGGCGCAGCAGGAGCGCAGGGAGCUGCUGAAGGCCAUGCGCGUCCUCCAGGAGGAGAAGCAGCAGCUGCAGGAGGAGCAGAAGCGACUGGCCAGAGAGAGGGAGCAGGAGAGGGAGACGUGCUGCCUGCUGCGGACACACAACCAGGAUCUGCUGCGCUCGUCGCAGGGCCUGUCAGAAGAAAGGGAGGAUGUGAGGAGGAGGCUGACGGAGGCCACGGACCGGGUCCGCCAGCUGGAGGAGGACCUGCUGGGAGUCACCCAGAGAGGCCUGCAGAAGGAGACGGAGCUCGAUUGUCUGCGUGACCGUCUGAAGAAGCUCACAGCAGAGAAGGACUGCCUGGAGAGCCAGCUGAAGAACGAGAAGGAUGAGAGAGACCUCUACAAGGCCCACCUGCGCAGCACCGAGCUGGAGAACACGAAGCUGAGCGCGGAGCUGCAGAUGCUGAAGGCGGUGGAGCUGAACCGGGAGGUGACGAUCGCCCAGUUCCAAGAGGAGCUGGACAGGCUCAGGCUCUGCGUGGCCCAGCGGGACAGCCUGGAGAAAGAGCUGCUGGCACACAAGGCUGACAAGGCAGAUCUGGUCCGUGUGCGUGAGCAGCUCCGUCAAGCAGAGGAGCAGCUCCAGGCGUCCCGGCAGCAUGCCUCCCUGCUGGCCUCGGAGCUCCGCGACUCAGCCAGCGCCCGUGACCACACGAUGACUGAGCUGUACCGCGCCCGCUUGGAAGCUGACAAGCUCCGUGCCAGUCUGGCUGAUGCUCAGGCCGAGUGCCAACGCAUGGAGAGCCAGCUGGACCGCAUGAGGAGCACUGCACAGAAGGAAGUGGGUGUUGGGACCGGUGGGGAUAUGACCCCCAGCAUGAUGGUGGUGUCGGAGGCAGAGGCCGAGCUGCAGAGAGAGGUGGAGGAGCUGAAGCUGCGUCUUCACAUGGCUGCUGAGCACUACAAGGAGAAGUACAGGGAGUGUCAGCGCCUCCGCAGGCAGGUGGCCAAACUGAACACAACUGAGUCACAGGGGGAGCCAAAGAGAAAUGCAUCCACUGAGACGACACAGGAGCCACUGACCCCCAGUCCAGAGUCACCGACAGCAGGGAAUAUAGCUGCUGCAGUCCUACAAGGAGCCGUUGAGCUGACAAUCACUCGAGAACUUAAUAACAGGGAAUCCACACAUACUGAUGCGUGCAUCAGCACAGAGAGGGAAGAAAGGCAGAGAGAGAAAAUGCCAAAGGAGAGGGUCGAGGUGGAGGCUGAGGGAGAGGCAAACCAAGAAGACAAAGAGAAAGAGGAGAAGAAGGACAGCCUGCCGGAGGAGAGCCUGAGGAUGACGAGCUGGGUGGAGGUGGAGAAGGAGAGGCAGAGCGCCGAAGAGAACAGCGAGGCGGAAACGGCAGGGAAGGCUGAGGAUGUUGUGGGGCGUCAGGUGCUGCUGGAGGUGGAGGGGAGGAGCAUGGGGGAGGCGGAGAAGGCACAGAAGGCACAGACACUCUCGGUGGAGGAGGAGCUGGCGAUGAUGGAGGAGAAGUGGAGGCAGCAGUGUGCGAUCAACGAGACGCUCAAACAGCGGCUGGCCAACGAGGAGGAACGAUUUAGAGUGCACAUGGCAGAGCGAGCCAGUGAGGUGACAGAGCUGAAGCGCAACCUCGCCCAGGCCCUCAGAGACAAGGAGCAGCUACAGGAGGAGCUGCAGCGCUUCGUGUCCAGGCAGAGGGAGCAGGAAACUGGUGUUCAGGGUGCUGAGAUCAGGCAGCCGAUGAUGCUGCGCUACCCCUUGCCGUACCCUCAGGACCCCUCUCCUCCACCACUGGUUCCACACAGGCCUGCUGAGUUGCAGUACGGCAACCCCUACUCCACUGACACCACAAGAGACCGGGUGGAUGUUUCGCUUUCUCCCGAGCACAUGUCUCGUCCUCCGCCCGAGGCUCCACCCUGCGCCCCUCCCUGCGCACCCCCAAUCACACCCCCGAGCCCGGGCCCCGGGGCGCCAGGCUGGGAACCAGAGGUGGUCUGCAUCCAGCCCUCCCGCAGCACGAGCCCUCCCGACAACCUGGAGCAACCGCCGGAGGAGCCGCGAAAUGCUGCUGAUGGGGCUCAGCCGACCUGUGAUCACCAGUCCAGUAGACGUAGAGAAGCCAGGGGCAGCUUCUGCUUUGACUCCAGCAGCGUUCACAAGCGCUGCCCGUUGUGCGAGGUGAUCUUCCCGCCCCACUUUGAGCAGCGCAGCUUCGAGCAGCACGUGGAAAGCCACUGGAAGGUCUGCCCCGUCUGCUCCGAGCAGUUCCCCCUCAACUGUCAGCAGCAGCUCUUCGAGAGGCACGUCCUCACGCACUUUGACGGCCACGUGCUCAACUUCGACCAGAUCGAAUGAAGGGGGGCGUAAAAGGGCAAAAAAACGUAUGUGUGUCGUCAGCUAUUAGUUCAUUUUGAUUGGGUUAAGUCGUCUUGUUAAUAUACAAUCAUUAGCACUUUUUCGCAAUCUUAACAAAGGUUAGAAAGAAUGUAGUCCGGGAAAGUUUGUCCUGCGGCGGCUACUCCACCGAGGUGUUUUAUUAAAAGUAGGGUAGCUUUCACCUUUAAUGCACCAUGGGUAAAAGGAUCAUUAACACUCGGGAAAAGUGCCAUGGUCCUUUUCUUUUCUAUCAUUUUUAUGCUCAUCUUUCUGCUUCAAGGGACUAAAGCACCUCUGGUAGUGCAUGCAUUAAUUAUGUGUUCAAAACUACAAACCGUUCAAAGAGUGAAUUGUAGCAGGAGCUUGAAACCAGGGCUUUUGAAGAGAAAGCAUUUUAGUAUGUUCCAGUUCUUUAACUACCCUGAAUAUUAUUUAAGACAUCUUCAUCUUUUAAUUGUCCAAAGCUUGGAAAGGCAGAAGGGGAUAGGAAUUUUUUUAAAGUGUAAAUGAGGAGUGAGAUCUGAAUAUGUCUUAAAGAAUCAUCGGAGUGUGUAUAUUUAAUUGAAGAGCGGUGUGGUGGAGAUUUUUUUUUUUUUUUUUUUUUUUUUUGAGUGAUUUCUCCCAAACUUACAGUACAACUGUACGUAUAAGACGUCAGAUGGUUGAAACAAAAACAGCACUACGUUUUCAUGUAUCUGCACUAAAUAAGGCUUUAUUCUGAAUGUACUGUACAUAUGAAAAUAAGUAUAAGUUGUGGAGAGACCUGUGAAUUACUGUCGUGACCCCGCCUCCCCUCAUUGUUCAUGUUUUAGUGAUGACAGAAUGACGGACCAAUGAUGUUUUACUUUGGUACAGCUGGUGAGAAAACUGGGCUGGUCUCUUUUAUUUUAUUGAUAAUGUCACGUUUUAGGCAAAACAAACCGCUGGACACUAAGUUACAGACACUUUUAUUGUUACGUACUUCCACGUUUUAAAAGUUAAAACUGUGAGGAAAAAGUUUGUGUGCAGGUCCCCCCACAUCAUGAAUGAGUGUCAUUUAUACAUGUCUCCACAUCACUGCUUGUCUAUUUUCUGUCAUUACAAAGUGACCCCCCUGACAGUGUUGUAUUCAGGCUUUAAAAAUUGCACAUGCCCAGUAAUCACAAAGGCAAAUGUGUGUGUAUGUCAUGUGUCCGACGCAGCCUCUUUUCAUGUGAGAAUGUCAGGACGGUGGUUUAAGUGUGUACUGCAAAGAUCUUUAUGAAUAAAGUAAGCUUGUCUUAAUGCAUUUAA